UUGGUUGCUGGUUCACAAAAACUUUUCAUAUUCGUAUGUCUUUCCAAUGGUUACUCUGUUUUGUUCAUUUCAGGCAUGUGGCCCUGAUCAGAUUAACUGACAUGAUGUAUAUGCAAAGCCUUUUGAGUUCUUCAGAAAAAUAAAUUAUCUUAGUCAAGACUGGUUAUAAGGAACUUCUUAUAACUAAUGUAGUACGCACAAUUUGUUUUUUUGUAAUUCUCCUAGAUGAGUCAGAACUUAGUUUUGACAUAGGUAAAAAUUUUAUGGUCACAAAUCUCAGGUGUGAGAAAAUCUCUUUCUUUCAUAUGCUGUAUAAAUAGAGGAUAUAAAUAUUUCAAGCCUGGAAGUAGUGAGAGAAGCUGGUAAUCCUGGACAUAUAGUGACAGUCAAAAAGGAGCUCAGGUACAGGACUGGUCUAAGCUGCUCAAGGUUCAGGAGACAGCCAGUACACAGGGAAGCUGAGGAGAUACGUAAGAUAUGUCUAAAACACUUAUCUAACCUUCUGUGGUAACAAGCUCUUUAAAGGGGCUGGAUGAUGUUGUGUUCACUUUUUAUCACCAGCAAAGGCUAAGAUAAUGUAUAUAGCAAAUAUUUAGUAACUAUUUAUUAAAUAAAUAAAUAUUUAAGACAGAAUAAACAAAUAUAAUAAAUGAACCAAUAAGAAUGCACCAUCUAAGUCAAAAUAGUCACUUUUAUCCUUAACAUUGUACCUGCUUUGGCUGCCGCAGAAGCAAACUUGUUGGCAUUAGACAAAUCAAGCUGGUGAUUUAAUAAAUUCCAAUGUAAGUCUUACAAGUAUUAAUAAAUAACUGUCCAGCACUCACCAUGAAAGUUAAAAAAGCAACACAGAAAAAGUUCCUAAGUGGUCCCAAUUUGAAAUGAUCAGAUAACCUAUAAAGGAACAUAUUCAUAUUACACUAAUAUAAACACAUAUAAAUGCACUUACGGCAGUUACACAGUCUUCUCUUCAAUAGCUAGUUUCCCUAUGCAUUAAUGUGUAAGAACAGCAAGUACAAUAUUUAGAUAAUUAUAAAAACCAAGGCAAUAAUUUAAAAACUGAUUAACCGUUUUACUCUAACUUAAGCAGGGAUCUGAGCAGUAAGAUUGAUUAAUAAAUUUGAAUGCAGCCAAUUGGAUUGAUUCUAAUGUAAAGUUUUAAUUUGUUGUAGAAUAAUUUUAAAUGAGUGUAUUUGUCCAGUGUUGGAGUGCUCAACAGUGUGUUUGAAAACGAAAACCAAGAAAUGUUUUUGAGAAAUGUGUUAAUUCCUUAAGACCAUGGAUUUUAAUUGGAUCAAGUUGUUUGCAUUUUUCUUCAUUAUCAUUCUACAUCUGUAUAUUGGACAGAACACUAACGCUAAAUAGUUCUUAGAAAAAAAUUUUAAAGUUAUUUAAUCAUAAUAUCAUGACUGUCUUUUAAAUUCAAAAUUAGGCUGUGAGUAUCCUUCUUCACUUAGGAAGAGUGUUAUGAAAGCCAGGCCAUCUGCUGAGGUGCUACAGUUACAUGUGGCCCUCAGAAUGCGUUUGGCCUGCUCUGUUUUAGCCCUCUGUUGGAUUACCAAUACACAAAACAAGUUAACCUUGAUCUUUCUCAUUAAGUAUCUCAGGGACAAAAUUUGACAUACGUCUAAACCUGUGACGUUUCCAUCUAAAGAAGGCAGAAAUAAAACAGGACUUUAGAUUCGGUUACAAUAAAAUAUCAGAUGCGCCACAGACACAAGUCUUGAAGCUCUGUCCUGGGAAAAUAUGGCAAACAGUGCCUCACCUGAACAGAAUCAAAAUCACUGUUCAGUCAUCAACAACAGCAUCCCACUGAUGCAGGGCAACCUCCCCACUCUGACCUUGUCUGGAAAGAUCCGAGUGACAGUUACUUUCUUCCUUUUUCUACUCUCUGCGACCUUUAAUUCUUCUUUCCUGCUGAAACUUCAGAAGUGGACACAGAAGAAAGAGAAAGGGAAAAAGCUGUCAAGAAUGAAGCUGCUCUUAAAACAUCUGACCUUAGCCAACCUGUUGGAGACUCUGAUUGUCAUGCCACUGGAUGGGAUGUGGAACAUUACAGUCCAAUGGUAUGCUGGAGAGUUCCUCUGCAAAGUUCUCAGUUAUCUAAAGCUUUUCUCCAUGUAUGCCCCAGCUUUCAUGAUGGUGGUGAUCAGCCUGGACCGCUCCCUGGCUAUCACGAGGCCCCUAGCUUUGAAAAGCAGCAGCAAGCUCGGACAGUCCAUGGUUGGCCUGGCCUGGAUCCUCAGUAGUGUCUUUGCAGGACCACAGUUAUACAUCUUCAGGAUGAUUCAUCUAGCAGACAGCUCCGGACAGACAAAAGUUUUCUCUCAAUGUGUAACACACUGCAGUUUUCCACAAUGGUGGCAUCAAGCAUUUUAUAACUUUUUCACCUUCAGCUGCCUCUUCAUCAUCCCUCUUCUCAUCAUGCUGAUCUGCAAUGCAAAAAUCAUCUUCACCCUGACACGGGUCCUUCAUCAGGAUCCCCACAAACUACAACUGAAUCAGUCCAAGAACAAUAUACCAAGAGCACGGCUGAAGACUCUAAAAAUGACAGUUGCAUUUGCCACUUCAUUCACUGUCUGCUGGACUCCCUACUAUGUCCUAGGAAUUUGGUAUUGGUUUGAUCCUGAAAUGUUAAACAGGGUGUCAGACCCAGUAAAUCACUUCUUCUUUCUCUUUGCCUUUUUAAACCCAUGCUUUGAUCCACUUAUCUAUGGAUAUUUUUCUCUGUGAUUGAUAGACUACACAAGAAGUCAUAUGAAGAAGGGUAAGGUCAUGAAUCUCUCCAUCUGGGAAUAUUAACACAAAUGUUGGAGCAUGUUUACAUACAAACAAAGCAGGAUUUACACUUAAGUUGUCCUUCUUUUAGAACCUCCAUUUUCAGAGCCUCAAUUAUUAAGGAAAAAUCUUCAGGAAAAAUACUAAAAUAUUUUCUCGUCAUCAUCAGCUUCUAAAUUAAUCUCUGCCUUUUCUGACCUCAUAUAACACAUUAUGUAGGUUUCUUAUCACUUUCUCUUUGCAUAAUAAUGUACAAAUAUUUAAAAUACCUGCAGCCUAAGGCACAAGAAUGCCAAAAAAUCAAAGGCGAGAAACCACAACACAGGUCUAAACUUAGCAUGCUUUGGUGAGUUUUUCUCCAAAAGGGGCAUAUUAGCAAUUAGAGUUUUAUACUAUAUAGUACAUAGAGCACAGAGCCCCUUGCCCAUAAGAUCAACUUUCCCUCCUGUAGUUAAAACGAAAAAAAAAAAAAACAAAUGGAUCUGUUUUUCUCUUUGGCUUCAAAAGCAUUCCGACAUUUGGAGGAGUCAGUCACCAACCCCACCAAGCACUCCACCAACCUGACAAGACCAUGAGUAGUUCUCCUUCAUCCUAUUUAUGUGGUACAGGUUGUGAAGUGCCUCUCUAUAAAGGGAAAUUUUAGAGGGGUUAGGAUUUGGACAGAGGUUUAGAACAUUCCUCUCUAGGCUGUAUAGUCUAUGGAGUUUGUGGCAAUUAACUGCCGUAAAAUAACAAUGUUUCCAAAUUCAACUAAGAAAAUACUCAUACUGAGUAUGCUCUAUGCAUAAUACGCCCUCUAUUUUAAUAAUGUGAAGAAUUUUUUGUCUAUCCCUUGAUCUCACUAAAUCCAUAUUUUGUAAAUAACUGAGAAAAAUGAAAACAAAAUUUAGCAAAUGCACAAGCGAAAAGAUGCUUGACACAUAAAAAGAACUCUGGAGAGAAAACUACAGCUUCAGUCUGUACAGAUCAAAGAAGACAGAGUGUGUUGGGGGAAGGAGGGAAAGAUCUUGAUGCAGGGUUUCUUAACCUGCAGUCUAUGCACAACACUAUAUUUCCAUGUAAUAUUUUUAUUUCAGUCCUAUUUGUAUUAUUUUGUGCAUUUAAAAAACACAAUCUUAAGGGGAUAGACUAGACUGCCACAGCAGCCCGUGGCACAACUAACACCUACUGAUAUUCACAUUGAAUAGUAUGGUUUCCAAAAUAUGUCUGCACAACAAGACCUCGUUAUUUAAUUCAGGCUUGUGUCUAUCUCUUCUAUGAAAAAUGGGAAGGGAUGAAAAUAAUGGGAGUAUAAUACCCAUUUAAUGUGAAAAACAUGAUAAGAGUCUUAAAAGAAAUUAAGCUAUUCAACAUUUUUUAAAUAGGUAAGAUACUAUUAUAUUUACAUGAGCUAUGUAGUGCCACACAAAAGAUGAAAUGUGAUUUCUAAAUACUCCAGGUGUGUGGUAUUGUGGAAAGUAAAUUGCCAACUAAUGGUAAGUCCUUUCUUUCUUUGAUUUUCUCCUCUCAUACUUCAGUUUUAUCGUGUUGAGUUGUUGUUUGUUUCACAUCCUACCUUAUUUUCCAAUUCUGUCUCAAUUGAACUCCCUCUGCGUACUCACUCUUUCAUUCAUAGCUUCUUUUUCAUUAAACUCAUACCUUUAAUUAACCAAUUCAUGGCCCAGUUCUACAGUUGAAUUGGACAAGGCUAAAAUUCUGUAGUGUGCUAAAAUGCUCAAAGUUGGCAUGUAUACUCACUCCAAGAUUUUAUAGUUCUCGUAGAUAACACAGGGAUGUAGAUAAGUUGAAACAAAACUAAUGUUCUCUAAGUCUCUGUCAUAUACUUAUUCCUAAACUGAUAAUUCUUACUUCUGGGAUUUAAAAGCAAAAAUAACACACUUGUACAGAUACAAUCUAAGGGCUUUAUCACACACAAGUUUAACGGAUGUAUCUCAGCUUGGUUCUUCUUGUGUGCUCAUUAUGGAUCUCUCUUAGGAAUUGCCUCGAGCAUAAUUUUAUACACAUUAACUAAAGGGCUAUUCAAAAUCUUGACUCAGGGGUUCUUAACCUACAUUCCAUGCAAAAAAAAAAAAAAAUAUAUAUAUAUAUAUAGAGAGAGAGAGAGAGAGAGAGUUGUAUUUUUUAAUUUUAGUCCUAUUUGUAUUAUUUUAUGCAUUUAAAAACACAAUCCUGAGAGGGAUGGACCAGACUGCCACAGCAGCUCAUAGCACAAAAAAAGGUUAAGAAGUCCUAGUUGACUUUGUAUACACAUAAAAAAGUCUAUUACAAUAAAAAUAUAACAGAAUCUAUUCAUCAGUUUAUAUGCAAACAUAAAAAUGUAAAUAUUGAAACAAGAUUGCUUCAAUGUGCUUAUUGUUUUCAAACCAAGAAACUCUCUUAAGGUUCAAUAUGUAAUAAAAAACAUAACAGAAAUAAUUAUUCUAUAUGAAUUUUGUGGUCCAUAAAUUAUAAUGUAUAAUUAUACAUUAUAAUGUAAUGUAUAAACUAAAAUUUAUAGCACAAAAGAUAAAUAUGGCUUUGAAAUUAAAGAUAAUCCACUCAACAGAUAAUAUUUCAUAUUUGAUAUUACAAUCAUUUAUUUUAUGUCCUAUUAUAAUAAAAGGUGAGGACUCCUUGUAAAAAAGGAAAUGUUCUACAGAGUCAAUCUAAUAUAUCAGAUAUUUGAGAUUCUAUCUUGGUUUCUCUUCCUUAGCUUAUAAAACUAGUUAAAAAUUGAAUUUCUUUUAGCAAUUCAGUUUAGUACAGGAGUGACAUUAACUAAUGACAGUAAAUUGAACAAAGUCUACAUUAGUUCAAUUUAAGCCUAUUCAACAGAAAUAUAGUAGCUAAAAAAGUACUCUGGGGAAGGUACCACAAAUAUUAUCUACCAGAGAACAUAGGAUAAAUGAGUUUGAAAUUUCCUGAGAGUGACCUUGUCUUAGAACUUAGGUGGUAGUCAUAAACAGAUAAUAUUUUUAGGCAGUUAAAACACUUCUAGAACUCCAUCUAUUUUACCUAUGGUCCACUUUCCUACAUUGAACCAAUGCCUUCAGCUUUUCUAAUUACUAUACAUUGUGCUUAUAUGAAUAAAAGAAAUUUUAAAAGAAAAAAUCAGAUUCAAUCUAAUCUUGCUUAUUUUUAUGAUUAUUAGGAAUUAAGUUUAAAACAAUUAGUCUAACUUUAAAAGUUAUAUAAAAUAUAUGCAUAGCAGCAAUAGACAAAUAUAUACAAAAACUGUUAAUAUAAUUAUCUGCGUGAUUUCUUAAAAAUCUCUUCCUUGUGAAUUCCUGUAAUUCCAAAUUACCAAAAUAAACUCAUAUUGUGUGUGUAUUAAGACAAAACAUAAUAAAGGUUAUAUGUGUG